CUUGUUCUACUAUGACCGGUCCUCUCUCCUUGUAACCUCCUCCACCCACACCCAUCUUAUACCCAUGUUCCUCGACAUGGCUAACAUCCAGCGAGUUGUCAUCUCGCUUAUGGUCAUUUUGACCGCCACUUUCCUUUUCAUGGGACAGACUGCGGAAGCAGCCAAAGGUCCCAAAAUCACCCACAAGGUCUAUUUUGACAUCGAGCAUGGAGAUGAGCCCAUGGGACGGAUUGUUCUAGGCCUCUACGGCAAGACGGUGCCAAAGACCGCCGAAAACUUUCGUGCCCUGGCAACCGGCGAGAAGGGCUUCGGCUAUGAAGGCUCGUCUUUCCAUCGCGUCAUCAAGGAUUUCAUGAUUCAAGGUGGUGAUUUCACGAGAGGGGAUGGCACAGGUGGCAAGUCGAUCUACGGAGACAAGUUUGAAGACGAGAACUUCAAGUUGAAGCACACCAAGAAGGGCCAGUUGAGCAUGGCCAACGCUGGAAAGAACACCAACGGAUCUCAAUUCUUCAUCACCACUGCUAUUACAAACUGGCUCGAUGGCCGUCACGUCGUCUUUGGAGAAGUCCUCGAAGGUUACGACAUCGUUGACAAGAUUCAGAACGUCGCCAAGGGCGCACAAGAUCGACCUACCAAGGCGGUCAAGAUUGUGAAGAGCGGAGAGCUCGAGGUGCCCCCGGAAGGUAUUCAUGCCGAACUUUGAGUUUUGAGGGCCGGUACUGCUCUCCACGUCGCUGUGUCCAGACCGCUUACUGAGGUGUUGUGACAGAGCUUAUGGACGACGAAGAAAGUGAUGCUACUCCAGGGGCUAUGGUCCCUGCGGUCGACGGCCAGCAGUCCACAGAACAGCUUCAGGGAGCAUCAGAUGCAUUCAGCUCAGCCGAGAUGAUGAUCGCUCAACCAUACGUUCAGAAGGGUGUGUGCUUCUUCCUCUUGGUAGCAGUUGUAUUGUACAUCGCGAGAAGACGACAAUUGCACAAGUCUUAUCUCGACGCUGGCAAGUCCGACGAGAAGAGCAUGGCUUAGCCAAAUAAUGAUAAAAACAGUGAUGCUUGA